UUCCAAAAGUCUUUCCAUAAUAUUUGAUAACAAUUUAUGGACAUUUGACUUGUUAAUUUUCACUCGUAAUCUAGAACAGUUUUCCUUCGUUUUUAAUUUCUAACAAAUUGCAAAAAUUCGAUUGUAGAACCAUGUACAGAGCCAGAAGAUUGAUUAGACGCCUUUUCCAUUUUACACCAGCCCAAUUGCCACGCCCAUUGGCUCCAAAUGGUUCAAGUGACAAUAAAAAAUGCGACGAGGUGGAUUACGAUAAGCAAAUGGCAGUGGGAUUGCCAGUGCCGAAAUUAGAUGUGCCUGAUGAAUGUGAAUCUAUGUCGGAAUCGAUGGACGAAGUGCGCGUUCUGCGCCUGCAAAAGGACUUCCAUUUGCAUCGCCUUGAAUGUGGUCCGGAAAUGCUAGUGAGAUUGGGAAAAGAAGAUGCAAAAGUGUAUUAUCGGCAAAUGGUUGCCAUCAGACGCUUGGAAGCGGCUGCCUCACUAUUGUACAAGGAGCGUCUGGUGCGUGGCUUUUGUCACCUGUACACGGGUCAAGAAGCCUGUGCAGUGGGCAUAAAGGCAGCCAUGAGGCCAGAGGAUACACUUAUUGCCGGCUAUCGGGUCCAUGGUUGGGCCUAUCUUAUGGGCGUGUCGGCUCUGGGCGUUCUAGCCGAGUUGACUGGUCGUCUGAGUGGCUGUGCCAAGGGUAAAGGCGGUUCAAUGCAUAUGUAUGGUCAGGGAUUCUAUGGUGGCACUGGGAUAGUGGGUGACCAAGUCCCCCUGGGUGCUGGCAUAGCUCUAGCCAAGAAAUAUUCCAACAACGGCGGCGUCUGUUUCGCCUUGUACGGCGAUGGAGCAGCGAAUCAAGGUCAGAUCUUUGAAUGCUUCAACAUGGCUUGUCUCUGGAAAUUGCCCAUUGUGUUUGUCUGUGAGAACAACAACUAUGGCAUGGGGACCAGUGCAGAGCGGGCUGCUUGUAAUAUUAAAUAUUAUACCCGAGGUGAUGUCCUACCGGGCAUUUGGGUGAACGGUCAAGAUAUACUGGCUGUGCGUAGUGCUGCAGAAUUUGCCAUUGACCAUGCCCAGAAAAGGGGACCCCUGCUCUUGGAGUUGAGCACUCAUCGAUAUUAUGGCCAUUCCAUGUCGGAUCCGGGCACUGGCUAUCGUCCUCGUGAAGAGAUUCAAAAUGUUCGCAUUAAAUAUGAUCCCAUCAACAGUUUUCGUCUGCUUUGCCAGGGCAAUGUGAUCCUCUCGCAAAACGAGCUGAAACAAAUCGACGACGAAGUGCGUCAUGAGGUAAACGAAGCCAUCGGCAGGGCCAAAAAGGAUGAGGAACUACCUAUAAACCAUCUCUGGAGCGAUGUCUAUGCUGGUCAUGUCGAGGGCAAUAUGCGCGACGUUCAUGGCUACAAUUUGAAACAUGUCAGAACCAAGGCCAGCAAUGCCUAAAAAUCUUUAGCACAAAAUUUUAAAUAUUAAAUUAUUAAAAUUUUACACAGAUCAAU